CAGGGAGCCGCCAGUCUUAGAGUCCUUGCACGUCUGCUCUCAUCUUUCUCAGCCAAGACUCACCAUGGUGGACGCCUUCGUGGGCACCUGGAAGCUAGUGGACAGCAAGAAUUUCGAUGAUUACAUGAAGUCAAUCGGUGUGGGUUUUGCUACCAGGCAGGUGGCCAGCAUGACCAAGCCUACCACAAUCAUAGAAAAGAAUGGGGACACUAUCACCAUAAAAACACAGAGCACCUUCAAGAGCACCGAGAUCAGCUUUAAGCUGGAGGUGGAGUUCGAUGAGACAACAGCAGAUGACAGGAAGGUCAAGUCCAUUGUGACGCUGGAUGGAGGCAAACUUGUCCAUGUGCAGAAGUGGGACGGGCAAGAGACGACACUUGUGCGGGAGCUAAGUGAUGGGAAACUCAUCCUGACACUCACCCACGGCAGUGCAGUUAGCACUCGCACUUAUGAGAAAGAGGCAUGACCUGCCUGUGCCAUCAUUGACUGCUCCUCCGCCAAUCGGCUACCCCUCGACUCAGUACCACAUUGCCUCAUUUUUUUCCUCUGGCAUUUUGUAUAAAUUCAUCUUGGCUGAGGAAUUCUUCUGGGGUCAGGUGCCACCAGCCUGGAUCCAGAUCCAGUUCCCAUUGAGUAUCUGGUUUGUUUCUUUUUAAGUGCAUCCAAAGGGUGCUGAGGUUAAUAAAGCAGAGCCAAGGACA